AUGUCCGCCUCCCCACCCGUGAAGAAGUCGGACGUGGAACCUGGAGCCCAGUCGCAGGACGAAGCCGACACGCCUAUGGACCGCGAAGCUCAGGAAACACAAGGGCAGGGCACUGGGUACGAAUUCGAAGUCAAGGAGCAGGACCGAUGGCUGCCCAUUGCCAAUGUGUUUCGGCGCGGCUCGUCCAGGCGCUCGACCUCAGCGGAUCAUGUGGUCUCCGAUGCUAACAUCCGCAACUUUGCACCAGUCGCCCGCAUUAUGAAAUCGGCCUUGCCCGAAAACGCGAAGAUUGCCAAAGAGGCAAAAGAAUGCAUGCAAGAAUGCGUCAGCGAGUUCAUCUCAUUCAUCACCAGCGAAGCGUCAGAGAAAUGCCAGCAGGAAAAGCGCAAGACCGUGAAUGGGGAAGACAUCCUAUACGCGAUGACAUCUCUCGGCUUCGAGAACUAUUCGGAGGCAUUGAAGAUCUACUUAGCACGUUAUCGAGAGACCCUCCUUGCAAACCAAAACAAACCCGCCACCGGACCCUUCCCACCCGGAUCCGCUCCUGGCCCCGGCGACCACGAUGCUGCAGCCGCGGGGCCCGAUGCCCCAUACGGCGGCCAACCCGCUGCGGCCAUACUAGGAGGGGAUCUCGGCUCGCCGGAGGAGCAGGCGACAGCGUUUGGCUAUACCGUAGCCCACAACGGCACGGGUGCGGAGGGGUUCUAG